AUGGAACUUGGUAAUAGAUUUAUACCCAGCUCAAGUUCGUCACUGGCAUAUAGAAAUAAUGAUGGCACAAAUAAUGUCAGCACACCUCCCCUUCAAAAUGAAACCGCCGACCUUUCAUUUAGAGAUGACUCCUUCUAUAGCCUAAAUAAUUCUGGUGAUAAUAUCUUAAGUACACCGUCACCAUCAAACAAUAUUCCUAAACUCAAUAACUUAUCUCCUACUGAUUCACUACAAGAAAGUAUAGCUGAUGCUUUGGGAUUUGAUAGUAGAGGUAAAGUAUUCCAAUUUGAUUCCCCUACUCCUAGUAACAAACGACUGAAAUCUCCCUUACGAAAGCUAUCGAAGAGUAAUAGUUCAAUAAGUAUAGCUGGACCUUUACUAUCUAGCGCAUCCUCUCAGGAUUUGAUUCAGGCAUUAGCUACUUCUCCAGAUAUCAAGAGAACAAAUAAGUCUAAAUCACCCAAAACUAUAGUUGCAACAGAUAUCUUACAAGCUCCAGGACUAAGAAAUGAUUUUUAUUCCAAUUUAAUAAGUUGGUCCAGUAAGACGAAUAAAGUGGCCGUUGGAUUAGGUACGACUACUUAUUUGUGGGCUACAGAUAAUGAGGUAGAACAAAUUCAACUAGAUUCCCAAUCUUUAAUUACAGCGGUAUCUUGUUCCAAAGAUGAUUUGAUAGUAAUAGCAAAUGCAAGAGGGUACUUAUAUAUUAUUAAACAACCAGAGAAUAUAGUUGUCACAACUCAUAAUGUUCAAGGCAAGUGUAUUUUCUGUAUCGAAUGGUUCUCUAGUGGUCUUCGAUUCCUUGCAGGAAAUGAAUUAGGAGAAGUUCAUAUAUUUGAAAUUCAACGGCAUUUCCUUGGUACAGAAAUAAUCGAAAGGAAUUGUUUUAAAUGUCAUCAGCAACAAAUAUGUGGUCUUGCUCUUAAUAAUGACAAUUCUCAAUUAGCUGUAGGAGCAAAUGAUAAUUGUUGUUCAAUAUGGGAUAUUAAUUGCAAUUUAUCUACACAAUUAAAGUAUGUACUUCCACAUAAUGCUGCGGUCAAAGCCAUUGCUUUCUGUCCAUGGACCAAUUCAUUAUUAGCCACUGGUGGUGGAAGUAAAGAUAGAAAAAUUAGAUUUUGGCAUACUAAAAGUGGUACCAAGUUAAAUGAAGUUGCAACUCAUGGACAGAUUACGUCAUUAAUAUGGUCAAAAUAUAGAAAAGAAAUUGCUGCAACUUUUGGAUUUGGUAGUGAUAAUAAAUCUUCAUUAUUAUAUAUUUAUUCAUAUCCAUUAAUGAAACCAAUAGUUGAAGUUCCAUCAAUACCUAAUUUAAGAAUACUUAGUUCAUCAUGCAGUCCUGACUUCUGUAGUAUAUGUGUUGCAGCCAAUGAUUCUACAGUAAGAAUUUAUAAAUUAUGGGAAAAAUCUCAUGAAGUAGCAACAACUAUACAAUUAAAGGGUUCAGGAACGUUUGGUAGUUCCUUGAUCGAUUAUCAAGAAGGUGUAGGUUCCUUAAAUGAUUUGCUAAGAUAAGAAACGUGAAACGUGCUACGUGAUACCAGUUUCCUAAAAAAU